GACACAGCGCCAGUCUGUUCGGAAAUCUGAAACUCCUCGAAGAUUUGGGAGAUCAGUAAACAAUUUUAAGCAUGGAUAACUGCAACGAAUCUGAUAUGGUUUUCUGCCCUUACAACAAGGAGCACAAAAUGCUGCGCAAAAAACUCCAACAGCACAUCCUUAAAUGCCGUGUGCUCUACAAAGACACCGUGGAGCUGAUGGUCUGUCCCUUUAACAAGGCCCAUUUAAUACCAGAGCCCGAGUUCUUUCAACACACCAAAUCGUGUGAGGAUCGAAAGAUUAUUGUCCAGUAUCAGACGAGUGCAGCAGCUGUUUUAAACGAGGACACUAAACACGCCAAGAUAGAGUCCGAAGAAAACUGGGACGACGACGAUGCAGUUCCUGAUUACAAUCCGCAGCUUUAUUGUUCCAGUGCCAAUAUAGUGAGGGAACCCAAUGGAUUGUUCCCCGCGCAGCGAAAGGCUUUUAUUGCGGAGGAGAACCGUCGCCAAUUUGGCGAGGAUUACGAGGAGGAGAAGAAGCCACCAAAGGCUAAGUCCCGCGUUGAGAAUCGUCCCGCUCCCUACGAUCCCAGGAAGCAACACGCAAGGCGCCAAUAGUCUGAAUCUACCAAGAUAUCCUCCAAACGUCAAUCUCAGAAACCAAGGCAUUUUAUAGAGGCUUCCACAAACCUCAUAAGUAUACAAAUAUGAAGAAUCAAAAUAAAUUAAGAAUUCAAUUAACAAUUUGACAUGUGAUAUUGAAAUAAAAAUUGUUCCGAUUUGAGUACAACAAAAAUUGAUGACUACAAACGCUAUUUAUGUAUUAUAUGUGUGUACAAACAAAUCUAAUGACAUUAAUUAAAAAGUUUUAGAUGGUCAUUAUGUCUACUUGUCACCUAUUUUAAAUAUUGAAUCAAAAAAAUAAAGCAACUCAUUUUGAACUUUAAGAUUUAAACAUAAAGUUCAUUAUGUUAUGAAGACUGACAAAACUUUUAACAUUACGGUAAUCAGGUUCUUAUCUAAAAUGUUAUUGCUAAAUAUGUCCAAACCUAUAUAGGUAUAUCUCAAAUCGAUCGGUAAAAACGAUAAAUGAAAACUAUUGGAAUCAAAAUCAAAAAUUAUAAUUGAUUUGUUUACUGUUGUAUGUAUCCGUUUUGAAUAAGGUAUAAUUCUCUUUUCCAGCUAUUAAUAUCGUCAUCUUAACAAAAAAAAAAACAAGCAAGUAAGCCGUUUCUCAUUACGAACUGAGAGUAUUAAUCCUACUUUCAAAAUAUUACGACAACCAUUGUUAGAAACGGGUCCUACCUCAAACUGAAUUAAACUUAUUUGGAAAGUGAUAGAAAGGAAACCUGUAAUAUUCUACGAAGAAUUCGUUUAUCUAUUUAUAAUUUUGGAUUCAACACUUUACCUAAUCUUAUAACGCUGAAUUUAAAACCUGACAAUCAAAGAUUUAUU